AUGUCUCUUAGAUUAAUACCCACUAGAUAUCCUACAAGAUCACUUACAGCAUCCUACGCUUCAACUUUAAAGACAUUUGCUAAAACACCAACCUUUUAUAGACGCUUUCAUGAUACACCCAACGCUCAAAAUACCGCUACUCAACAAUCAUUUCAGAAUGAUCCAAACCAUAUGAUACCAACUAAUGCUCCACAAGGAGCACGUAUUGCUACUCCAACACCAGCUUCUCCGCUUAGUGUUAGCUCACGCCUUACACAUCCAGGAAAAGUAUCACCAAAUGAAUAUCUCAAGGCGUUCAAUAAUAAGGAGUUGAUUUCGUUUUUCAUGAUUGGAUUAUGCACCUUGAACAAACCAAUAUUGAAAUUAUGCAUCAAGUUGUUCCCAUACGUACCAAUGGCCGUUAUCAAGGCAUUGGUGUACAGAAUUUACUGCGGUGGUGAAACUUUGGAAGAAGUGAAACAAACCGGAUUACGUUUGCACGAAAGAGGCAUUAACAACAUGAUGAUUUCAUUGACUAUUGAAGCAUGUGAUGGCAAUGACAAUGUUGAUCCAGAAUUUAUUAUCGAUGAAACUGUUAAAUCAAUUAAUGGAAUUUUGGUACCACAUAUCACGAAAAUGAUUGAAACUUGUGACAAAAACAUUAAUGACAUACCAUCGGGUUACGUUGCAUUAAAACCAACUGGAUUUGUGAAAAAUGCUGCACAUGUAUUGAAAAACUACAAUAAUGGAGAAGAAGCUGCUUUUGCAGAGUUGGUUGCUAAAGCGUCAAAAGCAUGCCAAGCUGUGUAUGAUGCAAACAAGAAAUUGGCUGAAAUUUACCCUGAAAGAACUGCACCUUUUGUUGUGGCUGUUAUUGAUGCUGAAAAGUACGAAUUGCAACCUGGUGUGUAUGAAUUGCAACGUCAAUUGUAUCAAAAAUUCAACAAAUUGAAUGAACCUUGUUAUGUGGUUGGUACUAUCCAGAUGUACCUUUCUGACUCUGCUUCAUUAUUGGCUUAUGAAGAAAGAUUGGCUCAGGAGAAAAACUACAGAUUAGGUUUGAAGUUGGUGCGUGGUGCAUACAUCCAUUCUGAAAAAGAACGUGCUACGAUUAUCCACAAAACGAAACAAGAUACUGAUGACAACUACAAUGCUGGAAUUACCUAUUGUAUCGACUCCAUCUUGAACCAGAAGGACAAAGAAUCAACCAUUGGACAUUUAGUUGUUGCUAGUCACAAUGCCGAAUCUUUGAAAUUAGCCAGCUCCAAAGUUUACACUCAGGAAAAUGCCACCAAUGUCAACAAAAGCAAUGUUGUGCUUGGUCAAUUGUUGGGUAUGGCUGACUCAGUAACUUAUGAUUUAAUCAAAAAUUACCAAAUUGGUAAUGUUAUCAAGUAUGUUGCCUGGGGUCCACCAUUGGAAACUAAACAAUAUUUAUUGAGAAGAUUGGAAGAGAAUGGUGAUGCGGUUAAAAAUGAUAAUGGAUGGCCAUUGGUUAAAGCUGCUUUUAGUACAUUGAUGGGAAGAAUGUUUAAGGCAUCAUCGUAA